AUGUCAAAUAGUGGAAGAUUUGUUGAAAAAAAUGUCAAACCAAAAGAUAUAUUAUCUGCACUAAAAAACCUAAAUCCGAAAAAUAUAUCUACUAUCAAAACUAUCUACAAUGCAAACGAAAAACUUCGACGUAGGGAGAGAGAAGGUAAAACUCAAAUGCAAGGUGUUAUGGAAUUUCUAGAUCAAAAUGGAUAUGUUUAUUAUAGUCGUGCAAAUGUUUUGACAAAUAAGUUAGAAGAUUUAUUCUUUACUCAUCCAAGAUCAUUAGAAAUAUGGCGUGCAUUUCCACAUGUCUUGUUAAUGGAUGCAACAUAUAAGACAAACAAGUACGGGAUGCCUCUAUUGGAGAUUGUUGGUGUAACUCCAACAAAUAUGACAUUUUCCAUUGCAUUUGUGUACAUGCAUGAAGAAAAAUAG